AUGGCCAACCCCCCAACGUCGGAAACUUUGCCACUCGGCCAACAUGUCUCUACCACAGAUGCUGAAUUCAAGCUGGAUCUGACGACGGCUACCUCGCCCACGAUAGAGCUGGAGGAUCUCAUCGGCAAUUCGCGAGCCCCUUCGACAACAUCUUCCGGCUAUUUAGCUACCGACAGCGGUAGCAAUGAAAUGCCGUCCACCACCGUGACGGACGAGAAAUCGCGCUCACAUGCCAGCCCAUCAGGAUCAUCCAUGCGAUCGUAUGUAACAGGCUCCCAGAACGGAGAAUCUUCUCGAAGACUGUCGUGGAUGUCGGGAGGGUCUAGCACGGGGUCUCAGGGGUCUCAGGGGUCCCUGAGGGGGGACCCGCGCCUGCGCAUGGUGAUCAGGCAGCGGAGGGAGUCGCAAAACCUGCGCGAGUUGGGCGAGUUCCUGCGCAGCAAGACGCCGCCUCCAAGCAAUUACAUGUCGAGAGAUGACGACCCUGCUCCGCCUCCUGCGCUCUCCGACUUGGCCAAGAAGAACAAGAAGUUUUCUCUCAAGGCUGUACUCGCUCGCAAGCCAGCACCGCGCGAAAACAAAGGAAAGCAGGUCGCGCAGCCCUUACAACCGAUAAAGCUACCCGACACAGCCGUCGCGGGGAGGACGACAGCAGGACAUCGGCACAUUGCCAUCUCGAUCCCCGUCGAGCACUCGCACCUUGGUCCCGAGAUCAAGUCGCAGUACCCCAUAUUCGAACCCGAAAAUGCGCCGGCGCGUUUCAACACUAUCGAGUCAUACUAUAUGGAUCAAGUCGAGUCCCUCACUGGCAACGUGUUGCGGCCCGUCCCGGAGCUCAGCGGGGAGUCGGAUGAGAAUGAGCCGGACUUGAUCAAUACAUCCCAGGCAUCGUCACCAUCGUCACCGUGUACUCCACGGACAGCUGCAGAGAGCCGAUCUUCUGACUUUUCUGCAGUCUCGCCUAAGCAUUUGGGAGCUAUGAACCCCGAGGAUAGGUUCCCGAGUAGUGAUAUCUACAGAUCAUCAUUAUCGUCCGAGUAUCCACUCGAGGCUUGGGGAAGACCUGAGACGCCCAUGAGCGACUUCUUCGUCACAGCACCAAACAGCGUAAAAUCGGUACCAUCAUCUCCGUUCGAAACCACAUAUUCUCAGCACAGCGGCGUCCACACGAAUGAUUUUGCUGUUCACCCUCUGUCGAUAACGAAGAGGGGUCUGUCAAUCCGGCAUCGACGCGAAAACCCCCUGCGGGAGGUGGAAACAGCCUGGGAUGCCGAUGAUAGUAUAGACGCUACUGCAGCGCAGACAGCCACUGACGAGUUCACCGGCAAUCGGUUGGCUGCUCAUUGGCAGCGAGGUUUAGACUCGCCGUCGACUAGCGCUGUCUAUACGCCGCCGGAACACCCCGACGAUCUCAUUCAUGACGACCAUAGCUUCGAACCAGCAUGGGAACGUGGGAGGAGAUUGCACAAUGCGCAUGACCUAGUCAAGGCUACUGAUGCACCUGGGAAGACGAUACCGGGCAGUCCGAAGUCGCAAAGGACAGUCACCCCCCAACCGAGCAGCGACAAUGUCUUGGAUGGAUCCACCUCGCCAAUGGAGAUGUCGCUAAGAGAGCAGGACUCUGGCCUUGGAAUUUCCACUGUUUACUCGUCCAAGCAGUCGUCCGCCCGCAAAGCUUUGGCUCCGAUCAAGACCACCGACUUUGACAAGGGCCAAGAUGCAGCAGAGCCAGGGGUAGUUGACAACGACUGUCAGGAUGCUUCAGAGGAAAAAGAUGUUCCUUUGCGCAGAGAAUUCCGAUUGUCUCAGGCCCCAGAGCCAGGACAGUCUACGCCUACGCCCUGGUCUGCGAAUUUGGAAAAGCAGGCACUUCAGAUGGAGCGCGAUGUCGAUUCCCUGCUGUCACGGCCACCUGAAGACACAUUGUCGGCUUGGGGCGAGGCCGCGCCGUCGUCGGCGGUUCUUCAAGAGCCUACACCGCCAAACUCACCCGAGGAUACAGCCGAACGGGCAUUGGACAAGGAGGCGCAGCAGUCACCGAUCGAGGACAAACUCAAGCCACGACCGCUCCAGACAGCAGAAACCUCUGCGACGCGCCGACUACCACAGCAGGACCGCAUCUCGCUCACGCGGCGCAUCGAGCGACGCAAGAAACUUGCAGCGGCCGCCGCGGGGGCCCGCCAGGCUAGUCUGUUUGCGUCGAUCGCCGAAGUCGAAGCCAAAGCCAAGGCCAUUAGAGAGCAAGACGCUAGCAAGGAGAGGCGCAACAGUCUAGCCAAUCCCAUGAGCUCGGCGACUGCUCGCCCUGAGCAAUCACGGUCUAGGACGGACUCGGAGUCGGCUGACCAGCGCGUGGCGGAGAUGGAGCGACGCGUCAGACAGCUGGAGCAGCAGCUCGAGCAGAGCGGCGAGGCCUGGAUGGGAGCCCUGAUGCCGCUGCUCACGACACUGAACAAGACGCUCGAGAGUCAGCGCGCGCAGCAGGACAUGGCGGCGGAGAACCUUCGGAGGCAGCGGAGGAGAUCCAGCGCGUCCGAUUUCGGGUUCGGCUGGGGUCGAUACGACGAGUCCGCCGAGGAGCCAGCGGCAUCGCGCCGCAGAAACUCGAUGCAGCGAUAUCUGCCAGAGCACGACGACGAUGUGGAUGAGCGUCUCUUUGUGUCCCGCAAGGGUCUGUCUCCUGCUCCGUCGAGACAGUAUCGCGUGCUCACGCCGAUGGAGGACGAGGAGAAUGAUGAUGAUGCCGCACAGGCCGCGCUGCAAAGGAUGCGUGGCAUGCGCAGAAGAAGCCUCGGCAGCACGAGCACUGGAACCUUUUACGGACAUUCGCGAAAGGCCAGCACGGUGUCGCAGGACUUUGAGGAGGAUUACGACUGCGGUCCGAGGAGAGCUUUCGGUGGCGAGCCUCACUGGCAGGGUCUCGACAGAUUCGGCCACCAGCAGCCCGCGGCGCGCCACUGGCGAUUUCCCAGCAGCUCAACGAUCGGCACGGAGAGCGCCGGGUCCGUGACGUGGUCUCCUGGUCAUGGCGCACGGCGACAACAUCAGCAGCCGCCGCAGGCGCAGCAGCAACAGCAACAGGGCAAGUCCAGUCGGAGGGUUUCGUUUGCGAGCAGCAUGGACUUUGAUCCAAGCAGAGACGACAAGAAGAAGAAGAAGAAAAAGUCGAAGCGCAGGGAGUCGGUUGGUGGGGCAAUCGAUGUGAGCAAGAAGGCGGAUGAUUUGUAUGGUCUCGGGACGCUGAUGAACGAGCUGAGGGAUGCCGCGAGGGUGAGCCAGGAGUUCCUCCCUGAAAGCGCGACGGUGGCUGGCGACGAAGACGACUACCUGGACUAG